CUGGGCCUGUGAAGGACGUGAGGGGUGGUUUGCACGUGAGGGUCAGGACGUGCUCGUUGCUCCCCUCCGAAUGCGGUCUGGCUGCUUUAGCAAUGCCUUCCUAAUCUUUGAACAUACUCGUGUGUGCUGGACACGUCUGGGGGGGCAGCAGGGUGUGCAAACACGCAAGGAUCUCACCAGCUGUGUCGUGUGCUGGUGAUACUGUGGGGUGCUCCAUUUGUAGAAGAGUCCUGGAUUAAGGAGAAGGCAUGAAUGCGGAGUCAGCCAGUUCUUCAGGGCACUGAGCCUGAGGUGUGUGAGGAGAAGGUGUUGGUGAAGUCAGAGAAGCUGCUUCUCUGCUGUGCCUGAAGGUCCCGGACCCAUCUGGACAGCGUGUGGUUCCUCUGCUCCUGGAGCAGCAUUCCCUGUGGUGGGCAAAUGAGAAAGCAAAUCUCUUGAAACAUAAGCAGUGGUACUUCCCUGGAGGGAGGAGAUGGGGAUUCUCCUGUUGCUCUGAGUGUUGCCAGGUGCCAGAAGUGGUCCCCGGUGGUGGUGGUGGUGGACAGUUAUUCUGAGUGACGGCCCUUGCUCACGCUUCUGAGUGGUUAUCAUGGGCUUCAUUGCAUUUCUGAAGACCCAGUUCAUAGUUCACCUCCUCAUUGGGUUUGUCUUUGUUGUGAGUGGACUGAUCAUUAACUUCAUUCAACUAUGCACGCUAGUCCUCUGGCCCAUAAACAAGCAGUUUUAUCGCCGAGUAAACUGUCGCCUUGCCUAUUCCCUUUGGAGCCAGUUGGUAAUGCUGCUGGAAUGGUGGUCAGGCACAGAGUGCACCUUGUUCUCAGACGAGGCCACGGUGAACACCUUUGGCAAAGAACACGUCAUCAUCAUCUUGAAUCACAACUUUGAGAUCGACUUCUUGUGCGGCUGGACCAUGACGGAGCGCUUCGGAGUGCUGGGGAGUUCCAAAGUCCUUGCUAAGAGAGAGCUACUAUAUGUGCCCCUAAUCGGUUGGACAUGGUACUUCCUUGAGAUUGUUUUCUGCAAAAGGAAAUGGGAAGAAGACAGAGAUACAGUUAUUGAAGGGUUAAAACGUCUGUCUGAUUACCCUGAAUAUAUGUGGUUUCUCCUGUACUGCGAAGGAACUCGUUUUACAGAGACCAAGCACCGUAUCAGUAUGGAAGUAGCGGAAUCCAAGGGGUUGCCUAAACUGAAAUACCACCUGUUGCCCAGAACCAAAGGUUUCACCACUGCUGUCCAGUGUCUCAGGGGAACAGUUUCAGCAGUGUAUGAUGUAACACUAAAUUUCAGAGGAAACAAGAACCCAUCUUUAUUAGGAAUUCUUUAUGGGAAGAAAUAUGAAGCAGAUAUGUGUGUAAGGAGAUUUCCUCUGGAAGAUAUCCCUCAAGAUGAAAAGGAAGCUGCAAACUGGCUUCAUAAGCUUUACCAGGAGAAGGAUGCUUUGCAAGAGAUGUAUAAUCAGGAAGGCAUAUUUCCUGGCAAGCAGUUUAAACCUCCUAGGAGACCAUGGACUCUCCUAAAUUUUCUUUUUUGGGCCACAGUUCUCCUCUCUCCUCUCUUCACAUUUGGCUUUGGAGUUUUUGCAAGUGGAUCACCUCUCCUUAUCCUUGCAUUCCUAGGACUUGUUGGAGCAGCUUCCUUUGGAGUUCGUAGACUGAUAGGAGUAACUGAAAUAGAAAAAGGCUCCAGCUAUGGCAACCAGGAAUUCAAGAAAAAGGAGUAACUGACAGCUGCAGUUCAGCACAUAUAACCAGACUAUGGUAUCCCAUUAACUUCAGUUAAAAAAAAAAAAAAAACAACAAACACUUAGAAACUAUCUUUUUCUUAAUAACUGAUGACUAAUAUUAAUGAAUAAAACUUGAGCCAAGAAUGAAGACGUUGGAGGCAUCGACUGAAGAGAACACGUGAACCUUCUGCCUGUUUAAGGAUUACUGUAAUCAAGCUAUGGGAGAAAAUCUGGGGUGGGGUGGAAGAAGAAACUAAUUUUUCUUGCUUUGUUGGGGGACUUGAGGUGGGGGAGAAAAGGCCACAUGGCCACGUGUGUCUUCAGAUGACUGAAAACACUGGUUUCUGUCAAGAGCACUACACUCACUUUUACAACAGGAGCCAUUGAAUGUUUCCUCUUGCUAAAGCCAACUUAACGUUUAUUGAUUUCCAACUUCUUUUACUAAUGAGCCAGGAAAAAACACCCUUCUUAAAUUAACUGACAGGUGUUCAUGGGGUUAGAGUCAUUUUGGCUGUGUUGUCAUGGCUACAGAUGAAAUCCUAUUUGUACGUUACACUGAUGCUUUUUAUUUUCAGGCAACGUCUUAAAACUUCCGUAAUGAGGGAGAACAGAUAGUGGAGUUUGGAAGCAGUGCAUUAUUCAUCAGCAGUUCCCAUAGAACAGAUCCGUGCUGAGACAGUACAAAAUUCCCAUCACAUCUCCUGCUUAACUGCUCAAGGCUGUUUAAUUUCAAAAUAUUACUUUAGUCUUGAGUGCUGUUUCCCCUAUUUCACAUCAUGUAUGAUAAUUUUGAAUCUGUUUGGGCUUGUUUUGUUUUUUUGAAUCAGUGAUUGACCAUGGGAUUUGGAGUUGUACAAAGAAGGAGAUUUAUUCAGUUGUCCUGAAUGAUUUCUCCUUUUAUUUCUGCUUGCAUCUCUCAUUACCAAAGUCCAGUUCAGCCAACCUCUCGCAGUAAACUGGGAGGCAACAGCAGAAAUCAGCACAAUAGUUUUCAAAAUGUCUUCUUUUGACAAAAAUGCGAAAAGGAGAGGUCUGGAGUGGUCAGAUUUCAAAUGCUGCCAUCUCUUGAACUUGUAAUGAGAGUUUCAGCAGUGAUUCAGACGGGGCCAGGAUCUUACCCUGUGUGUGUAAGGAUAGGGUGUGCUGCACUUUUGACUUGACCAUGCUUUAGAUGUUCAUGUGAAGUUACACUGCAAGGUAAGCUGUGCUGUUAAGCAUUAGAAAGAGUAUGAGGUCUCUUCAGGGAUUUUAAGUAUCUUUAGUUUUGCUUGUUGACAUUUUGGGGGUUUUUUCCACUGAAAAUUAGAGAUCAGAAUCAUGUCUGUUAUCUCUCUCUCCUUUUUUUUUUCUUUCUUUUUUUCCUUUUUCUUUUUUUACAAACGCACAUUCAGAGAUUUUUGUAGAUUGCUGCUGUAUGCAGAGCUGGAGAACUGUUUGCAAACAGAUGGUAACUACCUGUAUGUUCAAGUCUGAAGGUCACAAUCUGCAUUUGGCUGCACUGAGAAGUGGGUGAAAUGAGUUGCAGAUUUACAGCUGAGGGCAGAAGCUGACCCUCAGGGUCUGUAUCUUUAACCCAGCUGCCACUAGAAUAUUUGUCUCACUUUUGUAAAGAACAGAUCUUAUCAAAGCACUGGUUGUUGUUUUCAUCUUUGCUCCAGUAACCAAGAGAAGAGAGUAAUAAUUUACCUACUUUUCGUAUUUACUCUUAACUGUUGGAAUGUAACCUCUUCUCCCACAGGUUUUUCCAUUUCCAAACACUGGAAGAGCAAUUUUAUAACUUAGAAAAAUAUUUUACUUGGGCUCAUUGAUCACUGUUCUGUCAUGCACUUGGUUUUUAUUUGUGGUCUUUUCAACAAGAGCAUUUGAAGGAUGACCUAUGUUGUCUGUCUCCUGUUAGGCUCAACUUUGCUGAAUCCUUGUACCCAGACCCCCAGCAUUAGUAUGUCAUCUUUGUCCCCUCAAUAAAUCUUCCCUAAGAUAGGGGAUGCAAAACUGUUGCUAAUGUUAGUGGAAUUUGGAAUAUGCCUUGGGAAUUGAGGAGAACAGAGCCCAGCCAUGACUCUGUUGUCCUUGCUGGAUGUUUUCGUACUUUGUCUCUAAAUACAGUCAGACAUCCCAGUGCUGAUAAAGUUAACUCUGGCUUUUCCCUAUUUUUAACAGGAGGACUAAGAACAGUGGGGUUUCUUUCUUUCUUUUCUUUAUUUUUUUUCUUAAGUAAUUCAGUAAUGGGUAUAAUUCUUGCUUCCUAUAGAAAGAUGUUACAAAUGCUGUAUACUUGCUUCCUGAAGAUGAUAUUGAGUAUAUAUAAAUUGUACUGGCUUAGCAGAAGAGGCUUGCAAAGCAGGCUGACCACUGACUAUGUUUUAUACUCUACAUUUUGAACAGUAUAUUAAUGGGCAUGACAAGAAUUUCACAAAAUAAAUCCCUUCUUAAUGCUGAGAAGAGGGGAGCUGCUUAGAGGAGAAGGGAAUUAAUAACCUUUCUCUUUACAGGAUCCUUUUCUCCUCUUAGUGCAUGUAACUCCCUAUUCAGAAUCAUGGGAUUAGUGCAUGUACAUCAAGGGGAGAAUAAUCAACAUUUCAUAUUUUCUUAUCAUAAUUUAUUGGUCAUGCUUUCUUUUUGAAAAUAUAAUAAAUACAUCAUCAGAUACUUAAAUUUUGCUCUUCUAAACAGACAUAUCAGUAACCUCUUGAAAAACUGAAACAUACAGCAGUGCACAAACCAGUAUGAAACCAACAGAAAUCUCUUCAUUUUGAAUUUUAUCUCCUCAAAUAAGGGUUUUUAUACACGCGCGCGCACACGUACACGGAGUAUGUAUAAAUUAAAAUGACUGAAAAUAGCUGAAGUUAAUGUCACUAAUGAAGAUUAGCAGCUGGAUUGGGUUGAAAAAAGUGAGCAUAGGUUUUAUAUCUUAUUUUCUUCUGGUUUAAUAGAACAUAGCUUGUAUAUUUGACUACCAAGCCCUUUAAGAGCAAUAAUAAACAAAAAUAUAUCAUG